UACUUUUUUGGCUGACGUUUAUAAUUUGUUUACAAAAAUAAAAAAUAUAUUUUUUUUCAAAUAUUUACUUUUUCCUCUAAAAAUGAUACAUUAUACUUUAUCCGAUACAUGACUAGGUAAAAUCUUCUGCAAACCACCAUAAAUAAGAUAAUAAUCUAAUUGUUUAUCUUUUGGUGGGCCUUUAUCUGUAUAAACAGUUUCCUUUCAAAGUCGAUCACACAUACUUUUAUCAAUUCUUUCAAAAGAUCUCCCUAAAAUUACCACUAAAUUAAUAAUUGUAAAUGAAAUGGAUGAUGGACAAGGCUCCCAAUACGCAAUACAAAUUGCAGUGCAUACAUUGAGAGACAGAUGCAAGAAUUUGCAGCAGCGGGUCGCUUUAUUGGAAGAGGAAAAUGUGAAUUUAAGAAUUCAGUGUUCUAAGAAUGAUGAUGCCAAGGAUUCUUUAAAUGAGUUGGAUCGUUUAAGAGCACAGGUAGCAGAGUUGUCAGAACAAAAAGAACAACUACACAACAAAGUCAAAAUGGUUACCAAUGAAAACCAAGAUCUGUGGGGCAAAUUAAGCAAACUAACCAGAGUCAAUAAAUCCUUGGGCAGUCAGCUUUCUAAAAUCAAUGACACCUUAACACAGCAUUCCUCCCCAGCAACUAGCCCAACCACUCAAACCAACUUGAUUAGGUCAAAAACUUUCACCAAAUCAGAAGUGCAGACUAAGCUGCUACAAAAGAAUUUAGAAGAAAAUGAUAAAAUCAGUUUGGAACUAGUAGAUAUUUCCCUGAAAUUAUCAGAUUGUUUCUCAAAACAGAGAAAGGAAUUGGAUGCCUUGUGUUCGGAAAUUUCAGAAAUUACUUUUUCCAAUUGUGAACUGACUACUGAUAACUGUGGUUUUUUAUUUGAUGAGGAGCUGCAAGACGACACUUUCGUGGAUAUACAUGCUUUUCAGGAGGAUCUUGCUACUUUAAAGGAUGCUUUAUUAUAUCAACAAACAGUUUUAGAGUUGAAUGUAAAAAAUAUGCUCAACAUUAAAGAUAAAGUCCAGUGCAAGCGCUGCCUGUCUAAAGGGACUAAGAUUGAAAAAUGCACUUCUACAAGUGACCUUAACAAGAAAACAUUUGAUAGCAAAAGUACCGAAACUGAAAGGAGUAACAACACCAGCCCAAACCAAAGACAAAAUCACGCUGAGCCUCCCCCAACGAACGAUCGAAUAUGUCCCUUGUGCUCGAAAGAGUUCCGGAAGGAAAUCGAUUUUGUGAUAUUUCAAAGGCAUGUAGAGGAACAUUUCGUUCCUGACGUAGAAGCUUAUGAGUUAUUAUAGCAUAAUAAGUUUUAUUAAAAUUAUAACUAUUUUUAUUGUAUUUGAUGAAAAUGAUGUUAGAUCAUUGAAACCAGACUUUUUUCUUUGCUAUAAGCCCAAUGUGAUGCAAAGUAUUAAUUUAUUGGACCUAUA